AUGGCGUCUUCUCCUAAUCCCUUGGAUAUAGUAGAUUCACAAAUUGAUUCAAAUUCUAGAAAGAGAUAUUUGAAAAAACUUGAAAAUUAUCAGAAUAAUUCAAAAUCAUAUUGGGAAUAUAGUGUUGUACCAAAUAUUUUCAAACAAUCUCAAAAAGAUACUGAUGAAUCCAAUUUUAAUUAUCUAGAUGAACAUUUUGGUAAAAUAGGAGAGUGGGAUGAUAUAAUUGCACAACUAAACAAAUUAAAUAAUCAUGCUUCACCAAAUGAAUGUUACAAAAUAUUAUUUUUAUUUCGUCAUUAUACUGGUUUUCAUAAUUUAGCUCACCUUAAAUAUGGAGAUGAUGCAUGGAAUAAUCAUUGGUCUAAAUUAAAUGGCGAUGAUGAAUAUAUAUGGGGACCUGACGCAAAUCUAACGCCUGAAAGUAUUGAAAUAGCUAAACAAAAUAGUAUUAAAAUUGCAAAAGAACUACAAAACAAUUCUAAAAAUGAUAAAGAAUUAAUAUUACCAAAGAAAUUUUAUGUAUCACCAUUAAGUAGAGCAAUUGAUACAUUAUAUCAUACUUGGAAUAAAAUUGUAGAUUUAAAAUCAAAUAAUCCAUUAAUUCAAGAAAAUUGGAGAGAAACAAUGGGAGUUCAUACUUGUGACAAAAGAUCAUCAAGAUCAAUAAUUGAUGAAAAAUUUAUUUCAAAAGGUUUUAAGAUAGAAGAUAGUUUAACUGAAGAAGAUGAAUUAUAUCAAGAUGAUUAUAGAGAAACAAUUGAUGAACAAGCAUUUAGAAUGUACAAUGAAUUACAAAAUGUUUUCAGUGAUACCUCCAAAAAUGAAGAUGUUAUAUUAAUUACAAGUCAUAGUGGUAGUAUAAGAGCUCAACUAAUGGUUUUGGGUCAUAGAUCAUUUGCUGUUCAAACUGGUGGUAUGAUACCUGUUUUCGUUAAAGCAGUUAAAAAGGAGGGUGGUAAAAACAAGAUGUAA